AUGCCGGAAAAGCCAAUUGAAAUUAUUGAAAUUAGAAAUAAUAAUACAAAACAUUUAAAAAAUUCAGAAAAUGAAAUACAAAUAACUGAAGAAAAACUUGUUUAUCCUAUAAACUCUGAAUCAAAUAAAAACAAUAAUGAUAAUGAUAAUGAUAAAAUAGAUGUAGAAUCAUUAGAGUAUAUAGUACCAGAUGGCGGAUAUGGAUGGGUAAUAGUGUUUGUUACGUUUAUGGUAAAUGCAACAACUAUUGGAUAUGGUUAUACAUGGGGAAUAUUUCAAAAUUAUUAUUAUAAAAAUGUAUUCCACGAGCAAGUUUCUGCCUCUGCCUUAUUCUUCAUCGGGUCAAUAAGUACAAGUUCUAUUUUCUUAUUAGGUCCAUUUUCCACCUAUCUAAUAGAUAGGUUUGGUUAUAAACCUUUGAUGAUUACUGGAACAAUACUUUUUGCAAUUGCUAAUAUAAUGGCAAGCUUUGCCGUAGCUGUUUGGCAAUUAUUCUUAACUCAAGGAUUAUUGUGGGGUAUAUCAUGUUCGCUCACAUUCUAUCCAUCUAUUUCGACACCUUCAUUAUGGUUCGAUAAGCGUCGAGGAUUAGCAAACGGUAUUGCUAUAUCUGGUAGUGGUGUUGGACCUUUGAUUUAUUCACCAAUAUUAUCCAAAUUAUUAUCUAGCGUUGGUCAUCAAUGGACAAUAAGAAUUUUUGGUUUAUGGGGAACUAUAUUAUUGCUAAUAGCGACAAAACUUAUAUGCCUUCCACCUAAUUACCAUUUAAAAAAUAAAAAUAAAAAUGAUUCGUCGUCGUUGACGUCGUCAAAGAAACAACAGGUUGUAGAUUUAAGCUUAUUUAAAAUUCCUGAAUUUGUUGGGUUAACUUUGGUUUCCUUAUUUAUUCCUUUUGGAUUUUUGGUGCCGUUUUACUUAAUGCCAUCAUUUGCCACACAUAUUGGUAUUUCAGAAGGAACCGGUGCUAUAAUUGUUGGUAUUACAAGUGGAAUGAAUGCGUUAGGUCGAAUAAUUUUAGGCUAUUGCGCUGAUAAAUUAGGUCGAAUGAAUACCUUUUUUAUAUGUACUUUUUCAUCCGGUGUCGUAAUACUAUUAAUAUGGACGUUUUCAACGACUUUAGCACCUUUAUUAAUUUUUGCUAUACUUUAUGGAAUUAAUGCUGGUGGUUUCGUUUCAUUGUUUCCGGUGGUUGUCGCGGACAUAGUAGGCUAUGAUCAGAUAACAAAUAGUAUAGGAUAUUUAUACUCUGUUGCAGCACUUGGCACAGCUUUUGGCUCACCAAUUGCAGGUGCUUUGUUGGAUUUAAGUAAAUCCAGAGCAACAAAUCAAGCAGGUGUCGAGAUUUAUUUUUUACCAAUAAUGUAUUCAGAUCUUGCUUGA